CGAGGCGCUACUAAAGAACGAUGCAGGGUGGUACGCGACGAGGGAAACUAUCCUCGCGCUGACUUUGGUUGAAUUUUGUUUAACUGACGUGAAUUUCUCCGGAAUAAAUGUCUUCUCCCGUUCAAGCAGACGAAGAUGAGGUGGAUGAGAUGGAGGAGAUGGAGGAGAUGGAGGAGGUGGAUGAGAUGGUUGAGUUUGUAUCUGAGGACCAGCAAAGACCUGUGCUGGAAUGUAUUGAUCUGCUGAGUGAUGAUAGCGACGGUGAGGGAUGUUCACCAUUCACAGGAGCGAUUGAAGAUAAGAUCUCCCGUCACAAAGCACGUGUUUCGUCUACACUGGACAAACUAGCACAGCAGGUGGCGCUGGAGAAAAAGGAACGGGUAGAUAAAAUCAGAGCAUUCAAGGAGAAGCAGAUCUCACAAAAAGUUCAUGGGCAGAAGGAGUUGGCUUUCCGGGCUGCUAAUGGAGAAGCAAAGCACUGUGUAGACAUGUGGUUAAAGAUGCCAGGUGUCACUCCUGGAUCGAUCAGUUCUGGUUUUGGAAGAAGGCGCAGACCUCCUUCUUUCCCCGGAAAUAGUUCAACUAGACACACUUGUCCAGUGAUUAACUGUGGUCGUGUUUAUGAAAACGCCUUGCUGCUUAAUGGGCACUUGAAAAGGUUUGAUCAUUCCCCUUGUGAUCCAGCUAUCAAUCUGAAGGGAUGUCCUUCUGAACUCUUUGCCUGUGUUGCCUGUGGUCAACACUUUCAGACCAAAGAAGCAUGGAGAACACAUCUAGAGACUAAGGUAAAUUCAUCUGCUGAAAAUGCUCACAGCAUCAUUCAGACCUAUCAGCGGAUUGUGGGUUUCGCCUGCCCUGCCUGUUACCUCCUCUUCAACCUCAGAGACGAGUGCCUUCAGCACAUGUCGACCAAAAACCACUUCACAGAGGCUCUGUCAUUGAAUGAAUCCAGAGAAAAGCCGCUGCCGGUUCCGGUCCCACAGUAUGUUAAGAGCCGUCUCAUUGCUUUGUGCAAGGAUGUACGGUUCAAUGUCCGAUGCUCUUUAUGUCACAAAGUACUGAUCUCGCAUCAGGCAGCUCAAGCUCACUUUAACGUGUGUUGCAGACAGGGCUGUGCAGUGGCCAAAGCUGAUAAAACAAUAGUUCAGGUGAUGAAACAGCUGCAGGUGCGAGGGCAGUGCUCCCUCUGCUGUCGAGUCUUCCUCAGCCAAGACGACAUCGAGCGCCACAAAGAGUCGACUCAGCACGAUGUCGAGAUCAACCAGACGAUGGGCAAUGCACUUCUGCAGCACGCCAGGAUGGCUAAAGGGGCAUCGGGGGCAACACAGUCCACUGGCCUUGAAACACCAAAAAGAACACGCAAGAAGAAUGACGGUGAAUGUUUUCCAGCCAAACGCAAGCGACAAAGCCCAAGUGUGAAUGGCUGCGUGAGCAGAAACCCGACAAUGGCUUGGUUCUGCGAGUGUGGUCUGCAGUUCCUUGAGGAGGCUGCAGCCAGUAGGCACCUCAUGGCCAUAAACCAGAUCUUCCAUCAGUGUGGCGUCUGUGGCAAACACAUGGGAGAGUCUUCAAUUACCCGUUUGCACAUGAGCCGGUUUCACGGGGGAGCUCAUCUCUCCAACUUUUUCUUCUUCUGCCGCAAGUGCAAAGUGGAAAUGCCUCGGCACGAAGACAUCCUGUCGCACGUGACAGAAGCUCACAGCGGACACACCUACGUCGCCGAACAAGAAGUGUCGGAGGACGCCGCCACAGUCAUCGAUGCCGAGCCGUCCACCAGCCGCGACGGCUCCCUUCAAUCAUCCUCCAAGUCCGUCACCGUCCAGCAGACCACAGCGGAGCCAUCGUCUUCAAAAGCAGAGCAGACCUGGAUGUGCAGGAUGUGCGAGGACAUCUUCGACUCGGAAGCGGCCGCGUACAAACACUGCCGGGACGCCAGCAGCCACAGCUUCCAGAGGUUCAUCUGUGGACACUGUCCUCAGAAGUUCUUCAAGGAGUCCACCGUACGGAGACACUGUGCGAACGAGCACGACGGGCAGAUCAAGAGCUCCCACUUCUGCGGCCUCUGCGACAGCAUGCAGUUUGAAGUUGAGGGCGAGUUCUUGGAGCACUACAAGAGACUCCACAGUAAGGACUACUUCCGAAUGGACGAUGGAGACGUCGUUCAGCCGGCUGUCGCCAAGAGCACCAGCCGGCCUACGUGCGCGUGCAUGAGUUCCGAAAAGAGCAAGGAGGAAAUGAAGGCUACGUAUACACAGUGCAUGAGGAGUCUGGCCGCUGAGGGUAGAUGUCAGUACGUCUGUGCUCCGUGUGAAGUGACUGUGCCUUCCUACGCACAGAUGAAAACUCACGUCCACCUGAAACACGCCGCCUUGCACCUGGACAAGACCUUUGAUGUAGAAUGCCAAGCGUGCCCGGAGAGUUUUGAGAGUGUGCAGAGUUUCCACAGUCACUACCACUCCCGACACUGUGCACUGGAUCCCUGCAGCUCCAGGACCUCCGAGACAGACGCCAAAGCAAAAGCUGUCCCUACCAAUAUAUUCAGUGCUGUGGGCAUCGAAGCAGACGACAACGAUGAUUCGGAUGAGGAAAUGAAGAACGCAAUGUCCGUGAAAGAAGAAGAAGCAAGAGAGUCCACAGAAAUAGAAGAAGCUCUUAAGAGAAGUCUUCUGGAAUUCUAAUGACGGGAAAGCGGUCUGUGACACAUUUCAUCCAUUCUUGCCUUGAAAUGCUCUGUACAAUAUCAUUAAACUCAAAGUACAUAAAAUAAGGAGUAGUUGACAUUUUUUCCCGUUUCUUCAUUUGUAAUUGUUAAAUACUCGACAUCAGAGAAUCCCUCUGGAAACACAGAGCGCCCCCCUGAUCCCACUGUCGUUGGCAGAUCCCAUGUAACCGUUGAUUCAUGCUCACUCCUGCGUGUCGACACGUGGGCUAUAUAUGGCAUUGAUGACGCUGCAAGAUGCCGUGGCUGACCUUGUGACCGCUGAGUGAAGAGCUGGUGUCUCCGGUUGCAGUCUCUGUUUUCAUCGCAGACAUGAAAUCCAGUGAAUUGCAUUUACCAAUCUGUCUUGAAAGUGCUGUCACACAGGUCGUCAACACUAUGUGACGGAAUUCUUCUAAAAUCAACAGUUUUAAGAGGCACGUUAUUCUCCUGUGGUGAUACAAUUUGGAGCGCAGGUUACACAAUACACAAAAAAAUACAUUUCAUAACAUCCAUCUGGAUGAAGCUAGGUGCUUGCUUGUUUACUUUCCAUGCACAUCCCCCUGGUCGUUUGAUUAAAGUUUAAAAAUUAUAUUGAAACAAACUGUGAAGCAUCUUGAAACAGUCGAGUGAUCGUGGUCCAGUUGGUAAACAGAGGUUCUGAAUGGACUUGAGGAACAAACUAAUUAGGAUCGAAUCUCCCUGGUUGUAGAAUUUGUCAGCUGCCGUCUAAUUUCAACCUCUGGUGAGAAGAGGCGGUUCUCAUGCAGCCAGUAGUGUAGAAACAUAAACAGAGCAGCUAGAGAGUAAUUUGUUUAAGAUAGAAGUAAUAAAACACAUGAUCCGUGUGAUACU